AUGUCUCUCAAUACUCUCUGGGAGACGUCCAAAGCUCCGUACUAUCCCAUUGUCGCAAAGGAGGGCCAGUUUACUGUUGGCUUUGCUUUGCUAUUCAUUGCUCUUUUACUCACUGGACUUUUCGGAUUGAAUCGAUCAUUCCUGAACAUACCUCUCCUCGGCCUCCCAGCGUCGCUUGCAUUCGGCUUCGGAGCCGUAUUCAUGAUCUGUGCUGUUGGUGUCUACGUUUAA